CGCAACAUACUCGGAUUUGAAUGUCACGUUCAGCGAUGAACAAACGCGGAACACCUCGCUCGAAGGAAGUUUAGGAAAUUGGUUGAACGCAACGUGGACGGAUGCACCGUCCACGAUGAGCGCUGAGGAUUUAAUAGCGCAUUUCACGGCCCUAGCAUUUCCGAGCGACGAAGUGCUUAUUGUGAUCACGGUUGUGUACGGAAUCAUGCUAAUUACUGGCGUCCUCGGAAAUAUCUUGGUUUGCGUGGUCAUCGCCAGGCACCCCGAAAUGCAAACGGCCACCAACUACUACCUGUUCAGCCUUGCCAUCGCCGACGUCACAACUCUCUUGUUUGGUGUCAUUUUUGAGCUGUACCAUUACUGGCAUAAAUAUCCUUGGGAAUUAGGCGUGACUGUGUGCAAGCUAAGAGUUUUUAUUCCCGAAGCCACUUCAAACGCGUCGGUGUUGACGAUAUUGGCUUUCUCUAUGGAACGUUACUUGGCCAUUUGCCAUCCCUUGGUGGCCUACACCAUGUCAGGCCUCAAACGAGCCCUUCGCAUUAUCAUUGCAGUUUGGCUGAUAGGAUUCGUAUUUGCUCUUCCUUACGGUUUUGCCGCCGACGCUAAAAGUUUUAUGGAAUAUCCUUCCGAGUCUGGCAAGUUUUUGCCUGAGCUUCUUCACUGCAACGUGUACAAGUCGAACUACUUGCUUGAGAUGCUACCAUUUGAAGAGUUGAGCAGCGUCAUCUUCUUUUUCAUCCCGAUGGCAAUUCUAAUUGUUCUUUACACGCGAAUCGGUCUGGCAAUCAAACGACGCGUCAACGUGGGAGAAACUCCAACAGCACAAGCCUCCAAGAAGGCGGUUAUUAGAAUGCUUACUGCCGUUGUCACGUGGUUUUUCAUUUGCUGGGCACCCCUGCACCUGAUGCGACUGUUCGACAGGUAUUUGCUUGAAUUUGAGCUCUAUGAGAAGUCGCGAAAUUGGCUAUUCAUCAUCACCGGAUUUUCUUUCUUCUUCAAUGCUACGAUCAACCCGAUUCUUUACAACAUAAUGUCUGCGAAAUACCGAAAAGCAUUUAAGAACACCCUUUGCGGCUCAUCGUCCUCGGUUGAUAAUAAGAAUGAAACACAAACCGUUGAGGCUUAAGUUAAGAGUGUGUGUUUUUUUUUAAUAAUAUUUGUAAUUUUUCAAUGUACAGUUAAAAAAAAUGUUUCUCUGACAUAUUUGAUAAAAUUUAUAGAUUUGUGAAUCUACAUUAUAUGAAGAUGCAGGAAAUAUAAUUAUUAAUAUUAUUAGCAACUUAUAAUAUAAUCCAAGGUUUGUGAUUUCUGUUAUUUAAAAAAAAAAAAAUAUGUAUAUACA